AUGGCUUCCAAGGAAAUCAAAAGCGCCCUCAAGGAAGCUCGAGAGGCAGUGAACAAUAAGAAAUUUUCCGUAGCAAUCACACUGUGCAAAAAAGUACUGAAAGAACAGAACGAUAAUUAUAUGGCGCUUUUGCUGCUAGGCGCAUCCUAUCAAGAAAGCGAUAAAAAGGAAGCAGCCGCAUAUUUGAGGCGAGCCAUUGGUUGUACCUCCGACCCGACGAUUGCGUUGCAGGGUUUGACCAGCUGCGUCGACGAUCGUGAACUGCUGGAUAUUUGUGAUAAACUAUUAGCACUUACACCGGAUAAAUACGAGGAUUUACAUGGCAAAAUUUAUGCGGUAGCCGCACGUGGUAUACUCGAACCGGCCCUGCGAAUCUUCGAGCAUGAGCUCGAUAGCGAAGCGGACGAAAGAAGAAAACAAUCGGCCUUCGAUUGCUUAAGAAAAAUUGUCAACAUGAAUGCCGAUCUUGAAGAAACAGAACCCGCCCUGGUUACAAGAGUGUUAGAGCGGGAAAUCAGCGACAGUGGACUAGUCCAUCAUGAUAAAUUUCGUCGAUAUCUAAAACUGCUGUACCGCGAGAAACGUUUUGAGCGAUUAGCGUCGGUUGCAGCUGCUAUGCACGAUCGUUUUCCAAAUGACAUAUACCCACUGGAGUGGAUUUGCAAGCUGUACAGCGAGCGUAUAAUACCAGAAGAACAGCUAACGUCUCUGCUAACGCAUGAUCUCGCGGUUUACCUAGAACGAGCUGUUGCUGUGGCACCAAGCUCCGCGAUAGCGCUUCUAACGCAAGGAAAGUUUCUUUUCGAUCGUGGCCAACUUGUAGAAGCCGAACGUGUCUUAAGGCGCGCUAAUGAUGUGCAGCCCCAAUGGGCGUCGUGCCUCAAGUUGCUGGCAGAGAUCUACUUCCGGCAGAAAGCGUACGGGCUGGCGGAAAAUCUGUAUCGCAAUAUGAAAGUAACGAAUCGAAAUUUCGCCAUUUCUCUGUUAGAGGAUGAGAGCGUCGAAAAGUUGCGUGAGGCGGACGCUUGCUUUGAAACGCUGCACGAAACUGAUCGUUCAGUGGAGCUGCUAUUUUAUUGGUGCAAGACGAGCCUUUUGCUCGGGGACCUAGCUGCGGCAGAUCAAAAAUUGUGCCAGUUGCAGCAAAUGGAGGAUGCGGGAAUUGAACGUUUGGAUUACUUACGCGCACUGCGGGAAAAGCUGACGGGGAACACCGAAGAGGCGAUUAGGUUGCUCUCUGCCCAUGAGCGUGACUGCUGCUGCUUGUUGGAGCUUUCAACCGUGUUGAACAGUGUUGCAGGGAGACACGAGGAAAGCUUUUUAGCCGCGUUGAAGGCAACCAAGCUGGAUCCAAACAAUGCCGAAUGCUUCUAUCGUCUAGGGCAACUUUACCUAGAACAGGGAGACUCACUGCGUGCCCGCAAAUGUCUCGAGAAGAGCGCCCAUCUUAGUCCGGCCUCACGAAAUACCGUGAUUCUUUUGAGCGGUCUGUACCGUAAAUAUUUCGAGUGGGACGCCAACGCUGCCCUACUGUCGACAACGUUUUCACUCUGUUCGGGAGCAGCAUGGGCACAGCUGCUGCUCGGGUUGCACCAUCUUGGCCGCCAUGAGUACGACGAUGCGAUCGGUGCCUUUAGAACGGUACUGCGGUACGAUGUGGACAACUCACCCGCUUGGGAGGGCCUGGCGGAUGCAUACUUAGGUCGGGGCUCAUACUCGUCGGCGAUGAAACUGUUCAAAAAGAUCACGGAGCGCAAUCCAGCCAACCCGUACCCGUCGUUACAGCUGGCGAAUAUUAAAAACACCGUGAAGCUGUACAGAGAAGGUCUUGUAUUGUUCGAGGAAUUGCUGUCGCAACAUGCCGACUAUUUUCCCGCCAUUAAGGGUAUCGCCGAUUCGCACAUGGGAUUAUGCUAUCAAGCUCUUAAGCACCGGCUGGUGGGACGGAGUCGUGACCAUGCCCAGUUAUGCGUUGAAUACCUGACGAAGGCCAUCAAGCUGAAACCCAACUUCUCCUGUCUAUGGCAGCAGCUGGCAAAGAUCCUGGACACAGUAAGCUCGUUUCCCGUGGUAAACUCCCAUGUUCUGAUUGAAGGUAGUUUAGCUGGGCGUGCGCACGAACAGUCGGUGCUGCUCAAAGGUGUCCAACUAUCUGAAUUGGCCGGCCGGUGUUACGGGCGAAUAGUUAAGCAGAACCCUGAAAACAGCGUAUAUUGGUACGAACUGGCGGCGAAUGUGUACCGUCGGGCAGUGAAGUUGUCCCGUCACGCUCAUGAGGAGAAGCAUGAACACAUCAGUGAACGAUUGAAACUUCUUGGCACGGCACGCGACAUGGCUAAGCAUUCGAUAAAAUUAGAUCCGGGUCGGUGGCAAAACUGGAACCUACUUGGAGUGAUAUGCGCCACCAAGGAGUUUAACAAUCUCGCCCUUGCGCAGCACUGUUUCGUGGAAGCUGUGACGAUCGAGCGUAAAUCGUCCGCGGCUGCUUGGUGUAACCUGGGAGUGCUGUAUCUAAUGGCCGGCCCUCUUAAUUUGGCCAACAAGGCGUUCAGUCGAGCUCAGCAAUGCGACACGACGUUUAUGAAUCCGUGGAUCGGUCAAGCUAUGAUUGCGGAGCGCGUCGGUCAAAUGGACGAAGCUAUGGAUCUGUUCCGGCACUGCACGCAACUCGGCUAUCAUCGAGAGUCGGCAAUCGGCUAUGCUCACUGGGUGUGUACGAUUGUGAACGAGGACAACUACCGCGAAAAUGGACGUUACCGGUUUGCGAUAGAUACGAUGGCUGCGCUUCCAAUAGCGCACGACUGCAUCAUCUGGUACUGUUCGGAUUUGGCUGAACAGGCCUCAGUUUCAGCCCUAGCUUUCUUGGGUAACAUCAGCAGCCGGUUGGGGCUUUGGCGCACCGCUUCUGAGGCGUACUACAAGGCAUCUAAAGGAACAGCGUCCACACCCGAUGCGGAUCGAAUAUUAUGCGACCUGGGGCACUGUCUAAUGAAGCUGCAGCGUAACGAAGAAGCCGUCAAGUGUUAUGAGAGCAUUCGUGGAGAACCCACCUACGGAGCGUUGAUUGGCCGAGCGCAAGCUUACUUCCGGGCGGGACAUUAUGAGCAAUCGUACGCAGAGUACGAGCAGUGCUUGAACUACCUUGUUUGUACGGACAGCGAAAAGGCGUACGUGCUGAUUGCAAUGUCCGCGAUGCUGUACGCCUUUCACGGGCAAGAUGCUGCCAAAAAUGCUCUCUUCCAAUGUAUCGCAUUGCCGCAACCUCCGAUAGAAGCACUCUUUUCGGCCUGUGCGCUUGGUUUGCUGCACAAAGACGACAUGCUGACGGAACUGGCAAUUAAGGAACUGCGCAAACACGAAAGAAAUCCUCAAUUCGGCCACCAAGUGGUGUUCUUGGUUUCAGAAUUCUACUGGCACACCAAUCAAAAACGAAUGUGUUAUACAUACUUGCUUUCCCAGUUGCACUGUUACCCGGACCGACCUAAACUGUGGCAGUUGCUGGCGAUGACGCUGUUGCAACGGUUCCGUACACCCGAGAAUAAUCUGCGCCUUGCAUGCAGCGUGGCGCAGGGUGCCGUCACAUUGGAUUUGGCUAAUCGUGUGCACCGCACUCGGCCGGAAGAAGCUGCACGAUGGCUUGCCGUUGCAAGUGAAGCCAUCCGCCCACUAGACGGACAUCGGUGCCGUAUUCUAGCUCAGAAGGCUCUACACGCCGGUCCAACCAGCAGCGAAGCUUGGGGAGCAUUCCAACGUGCAACUGUACGAUGAACAUUAUGUUUCUCUUCGCUGUGUUCAUACAAUUGUAUAUACAAGCAAU